CUCUCUGCCAGGAAGAAGAAGAAGAUGAUUCUCUCACAUUCUGACGUAAUUUGUAAAUAAACCAAGAUAGCUAGUGGUCUUUCUGCUACAGCAUCUAGUUUGUUUUUUUAAUUAUGCUGAGAAAGAAACCAAGUGGCUCGGAGAAGAAAAGGAAACACUCGCACUCAGAGGAGCGACAGAACAGCAACAAACAUCGCAGCUCGGAGUCACAGUUAGAGAAUGCCAAAGAUGAGCUUGCCGACCCUGAGCUGGACCGGGUUGGCAGUGACAUCGAGGAAGGCGGACUGGACCUCAGCGUGCCCUUCCAGCCCAUCAAGGCUUACAUCAGCAACAAACACGAGAUGCUAGAGCAGUGUUUCUGUGUGUUAGGGGAGAAGAAGGUCCGGAAGAUGCUGCCCGAUGAGCUCAAGGAGUGCAGUUUAGAGGAAAUCAAAACUCUUUGUUUGGAGCAGCUGGAACCGAUCUCAGAGACAAAUCUCACUCAGAUUUUAGCAGGGGAAGAGCUAACUGCAGGAAACAGUGAUGGAAGGACUUUAGAGAGCCAACAGGAUAACAAUGUUGACUCUACGUCCUGCUUGAAAGAAACGGCUAAAACCGAAGACGCUAAGCAAGACGGUGGUGGCUCUGGCGAGGAGAGCGACGUCUUGAGCAUAAACGCAGACGUUUACGACAGCGACAUCUUGGGGCCAAAAGAGGAGCAGGCCGUCAAAGCCGAUGAGAUGGCCGUGAAAGCGGACGACGGUGGCGGUGAGCGAUCUGACACGGCCUCCAGAAACCCUGAGCUGGCGGCUCCAGAUACAAAGAAGGACAUUCAGAGCGACAUAGACAAGAGCGUCAGUGAAAUCUUAGCACUCUCUUCAACAUCAAGUAAAGAGGAAGCUGCAGAACCAAGUGGUGGGAAGAUGCAGCCUCCUGGUGUUGAUGAAGCCGUUCAAGGUGGAGCUUCAGUUUGUUCGCCGUCGAUUCAGCAGCUGGAGCUGCUGGAGUUGGAGAUGAGGGCGAGGGCCAUAAAGGCUCUGAUGAAAGCUGGGGACAAAAGAAAACUGUGUAUAACGAGCAACAUUUAGACAGUACGUGUUGAAUGAUUUAGUUGUAUUCAAGUAUUUCCUGUCCAGAGCUUUUGUUCAUGUUUGACUCUGAGAAGUAUAUUUUUAUCUCACUUGAGUUUAAUGAGAUAUUAAUGAAUGACUGUAUCAUUAAAAGACUUUUUCUCUGCA